AUGUCGGAAAAAAAUUUGGCAAAAAUAGUGAAUAUCAUUGAAACUAGUGCCAAUACGAAUAAUGAUAAUAGUGGUGGUGGUGAUAAUGAAGAUGAGGGCGCAAUUAUGGCGGCGAUGGCGGCAGAGUUAGCCGCAGCAACAACGUCAGCAGCAUCUGGUUCGCUUAGAAGAGGCGCUCGACCAACAACCGUCAGGAUAUCUACGGGACACUUGCCGUCCUAUCGUUUGCAUGAAGCCGACGAGAUAUUGGCACAUAAACCGACUUUUUCGGAGCGUUUCAUACGCUAUCUCAUGGUGUUGAUCUAUUUGUGUGGCCUGUGCAGUUUGGGCUUUGUCCUAUCGGUUUAUCACAUUUUCUUUUGGGACUCACGCAUGCCACCGGUGCACAAGAGCAUGAUUAUGAAGAAGCCACCAGGAUAUGGUUAA